AGAUGCCGCGCGGAGCGCGAGUGGGGGGCGGGGCGCUCUCCAUAGCGCACUCCCCCUUCCCCACAGACCGCGGCCGGUUAGCGCUCUCGGGCUCUUGCGGGGCGUUUAACAGCCCUCCCCCUCUGACCACUUUAAAGUAAAGGGGCAGGCAGUUCCCUUCUGUCGCUAGCGAAAUUGAGGCACGGAGCAACUGCGUGCGUGGCGGUGAGGCAGGCCUGGAGCUCGCCUGUCUGCAAGGGGCAGCCUAGUCAGCAUCAACACGACUAACACGGGUCGUUUUCGGGGCAGGGCGGGCACUGCAGCUGCAAUGCGCUGGCAGGGGGUGCUGCGCCCUCUGCUGCCCCUUGCUCGUGCUUGCGGCAGCCAUGCGGAGAAUGCGGCCCUGCCUCCCGUCACGCCGGGUGACAUCACCACUCUGCACCUAAGCCUUCUGCCGCCCUCCUCUCCAGAAAGCACUGGUCGUCCCAGCAAGGCCGGGGUUUCACCAGUGCUCCGCAGCAGAAACAAUAUCACCUGUAUCUAAAUGCAAUAAACGAUAAAAGGAGACUGAAGAUGAAACCCUCAGCCAUUUAUGAGUGCCUGGUGGGUGGUAUUGGGCAGUGGGAUUUCACUGGAGAUUUUGUUCCCUGUGAGCUGCUGCUUACAGGAGAGGCUGCCUUCCCGGUGCUGGUGAGCCCCCAGAAGCAGGUUCUGAUUGCUGUUUCGCAGUUUGGGAAGGGCCGGAUAGUGGUUGUUUCCCACGAAGAGAUUUUGAAGAACUCCAGGUUCUCCCAGUUCCUUCAAAAUGCUGUGGACUGGCUCAGGCCCUCCCCAGGAGCGCUAGUCGGUGUUCAUAGGAAUUUCGAUUCCCUCUCUGAGCUGCUGCUGGGGGCUGGCAUCAAAGUACAGCUUGGAGUGGGACUCAUUGCCUCCAGCGGGGUGUACUGUAUAGAUGCCUAUGAUGACACCCAGGCAAAGGCUUUGGUCCAGUUUGUGAAGGGAGGUGGGGGUCUACUCAUCGGAGGCCAGGCCUGGCAUUGGGCUUCUCAACACGGUGUGGACAGGGUCCUGUUUGAAUUCCCUGGGAACCGGGUGACCAGCAUGGCUGGUGUGUACUUCACAGGAAAUGCUGUGGAGACAGGUGUCUUCAAAGUCUCGAAGAAAAUACCAGAAAUCCCUCUCACUGUCAGGCAUGGAGCCAAUCUCUUUCAUGAUGUGGAGUUUCUCAUGCAUGGUGUGACAGAGCUGGAUAUCGUGACAGGCGGGAUACCCUCCCAUUUGCUGGUGCAUGGUGUGCUGGCCUUCCCACUUGGCCUGGAUGGCUCACUACACUGCUUCUUUGCCGCAGCACGCUAUGGUCAGGGCCGUGUGGUAGUGACAUCCCAUGAGGGACAGCUGUGUGCCCCGAAGCUGGCCAGGUUCCUGCUCAAUGCUGUGAACUGGUUGGAUGCUGGGCGGAAAGGGCUGAUUGGAGUUGUUGCCAGCUUGAAGGGGCUGUGCCCCAUUCUCUCUCAGGAGGGGCUGAAGUUCCAGGUGUCAGAGCUGAGGAAUGACAUGAGUGUCUACUGCUGCUCUUCAUACAGCGACCAAGAGGCUGACAAGAUCCACACGUUUGUGGCAGAAGGAGGAGGCCUGCUGAUUGGGGGCCAGGCUUGGUAUUGGGCCUCCCAGCAUCAAGACCGAGCUGCUGUCGCUGAAUAUCCUGGCAACAAAAUCCUCAACCACUUUGGCAUCAGCAUCCUGGGCAUGAACAUCAAGGCAGAUAAGUACCCAGCUCAGCUCCCCAUGGAGCACUACCACUUCCGCCAUGCGCUCUCUCUCUUCCAGAGGCAUGUGGACAAGGAAGAGCCUUUCCAGCCUCCCUUGACCAGCUGGCUGCAGAGGCUGAGGCAGGACUGCUCUGCCUUCCUGCGCAUCCCAGCUGAAGACUGCCCUACCUACAACUCACUCCACCUCAUCCUGAUCAAGGUGCUGCGUAGAACUGGGAUCCCACGGGUCAGCAAGCAGUGCCCAGUGAAGAGCAACUCCAAGGAGGCUGUCCUGCUAAGCCUGGCAACAGAGCUGUCCCAAAACACGGCAGACUGUGCUGCCCUGGUACAGAAACCUGGUGAUGGUGUCUGCCUGCCACCUUCCACCUCUCGUAUCACUGUGGAAAUAGCUGGCACAAAUGCAGGUGGGACAGCAUGGAGAAGUACUGGUCUUUACCUACCUGAUGGGAGCACGGCUGUGAUAACCCUUCCUUGUACGGCAAUCAGUGCUGGUCUGCAGGUGCAGAUUGGGUGUCAUUCUGAUGACCUCACUAAUGCAAAGGAGCUGAUGCGGGCCCCAGUGGUGAUACGUAAGUGCCAGGUCAACUGCCAGAACCAGUCAGUCUCCUGCCUCUGGGGUGGCCUCAUUUACAUUGUCGUACCAGGCGGAAGCCAGCUGGGGAAGGUGCCUAUUGCUGUAGAAGGAGCAAUCAAAGCUCCUUUCUUCAGACUUGGAGAGACCUGUAAACGCCAAUGGCAGACCAACAUCCGGCACUACCCUGCUCCCUGGGCAGAACUAGCGACUGAGAAUCUGAUCUUGACUGUGCCUGCUGACAACAUCCGCCAUGUAGAGAACCCAGAGCCACUGCUGACCCUGUGGGAUCAGAUCACGUGGGCAAUAGCCACGCUGGCAGCAGCACCAGCAAAAUUCCCAAGGCCAGAAAGGAUUGUAACAGAUGUCCAGAUUUCAGCUGGCUGGAUGCAUGCUGGCUACCCCAUUAUGGGCCAUCUGGAUUCAGUGAAGGAGAUGGUGAAUGUGGAACAUAUGCGAACAACUGGCCUGUGGGGUCCCAUCCAUGAACUAGGACAUAAUCAACAGCGGGCAGGCUGGGAAUUCCCCCCUCACACUACGGAGGCCACCUGCAACCUCUGGUCUGUCUAUGUACAUGAGAAGGUGCUGGGUAUCCCCAGGAACAAGGCCCAUGAAGCCCUCCGGCCAGCGUGUCGAAAGGAGAGGAUAAAAGGGUAUCUGGAGGAAGGAGCUCAGCUGAAGGACUGGAGCGUGUGGACUGCACUGGAGACAUACUUGCAGCUGCAGGAGGGCUUUGGCUGGGAACCCUUCAUCGCGCUUUUCUCCGAAUACCAGAAGAUCCUCACCAUCCCCAAGGACAACCCCUCCAAGAUGAAUAUGUGGGCUCAGAAGUUUUCUCUGCAGGUGAACAAGAAUCUGGCUCCUUUCUUCAUGGCUUGGGGAUGGCCUAUAAAGAAUGAAGUCUCCUCAGAGCUGGCAACUCUACCAGUCUGGGAGGAGAACCCCAUGAAGAAGUAUAUCCCUGUGAAAAUAUGACCUAGGUUGUGAGAUCCUUAAAUCUAGUGCCUAACUCCUAUUGGUCUUGUGAGCAAGAUGCCAAAAUGCCUUUUAAAAGCUAGGGUCAAGUUUCUAAAACAUAAGUUAAACAAAUCUGAUAUUACCCCCCUCAUCGACCCAAGUAUCUGAUCCACAUCAAUAUCUGAAACUACUAGUCUUUGUAUCAUUGGGCAAUUACCCUUAGUUUUGCACAGAAUGCUUCAGCUGUUUGGGUGAAAUUCACCUGCUUGCAGAGGACUCAGCAGAGGUCAAUAUACCAUUCAAGUCCUAUGUAAGACCUGUUGUGAGGGCUUACAUAGUGCACAGGCCUUACACUGGCCCUCUGCCUAGAAGUGAUUGCAUGCGGUUCCUGCAAAACCUGUCUCUGCACCCAUAGAUUCUUCCUGGGCAGAACAUUCACUGUGCUUACCUUGUGGAUCAUAUCUCAGGAUAUUCUUCCUCAAUGCAAAUACUGUCAAUGGCAAUUGAGUUCUUCUAGUUUAUUGUUUUAAUCUAGGUAAUACAAGACCUCCAUUAGAGGCUUGACCAGUUUUAGUUCUUAAGCUUUAAUCUCUAGUAGUUUCCACACCCAUUACCAUAAAACCCAGUAGUCAUAAUGCUUUUAUACAACUGUCAUUUGGCUGAUAACCCAGAUACUGAUAAUUUCUUUCUGCUUUGUCUUGCUAAUUUUCAUUUGUAUUCUGUCUUGAUUGCGCUCCCAAUUACUCUGUGAUACUGAAAUGUGUGAGGUUAAAUUUUUGCCUCGCAUUUUACAGUUACUUUCUGUUGUUUGGCACUGAUAUAAGAGGGUUUUCCAAUAAAGUCUGUAUGGUAUGCUGGCA